UGGAGUUAUAUAUCUGGAAUCUAAACUGACACCAGUGCAAUUCACAUCACAAUUCGCGACAACAUGAAAACUGUGUUAGUGUGCGCCAUCGCUGUUUUUGCUGUGUUUCUUGGUCUCGUGUUUUCUGAGACGUGUACCACGAGUAGUGAAUGUGUCUCCAUUCAAUGUGACAGCGUCACAACUGUCCAGUGUACCAAUGGGACGUGUACUUGUGAACUCGUGGACGGAUAUUGUGACUCGCGAGAUGAUUGCCUGAAUAUAGAGAAUUGGUUCUGUCCAGCUGAUUUCAGACACUGUAUUGACCAGAGAUGUCGCUGUCGUCCAAUCUAAAUACACAUGUUUUAUAAAGAUAUGUGACUUGAUUUAAUACAAAAUGCGCUGUUGUAAGGCAAACAAAAUGCUCACACACCGGUCGAUUAACAUGAUUAAGGUCUGAAAACCUUGAAACUUCCAUCUGGCAGGUACUUUUGCUAAAUCUUCAUUAGAAGGGUCAAAAGUGCAUUUUUUAUGAAAUGGCCCAUUACUCUUUCCAACACUGAAGAAAAUUGACAUCCUAAGUUAAACUAAUCCUGUAAUCUUAUUGAAUUAAUCUGUAGUAGACUUUUUUCCAUCUCUCUUCUCAUGGAUGGCAUCUACCGGUGAAUCUUCUGUUGAAUCCAAUCUUUGUUGACUUUUCUCUUGCGGACUCCUACUUUCUCCUUGCUGCUUGUGGUGAUGUCUGUCCAUGCUGUAUCCAUUCCGUUUCUCUACUGUAACUUUAUCAAGUCUUUUAGA